AUCUAUGGCUCAAACAACAUAACACCAACAUUUCAUUGGACAAUGCACAUGCCCAUGCAGAUCCGCCACUUUGGGCCUGUCCACAGGUGUUGGACUUUCCUUUUCAAAAGAUUGAACAAGGUGUUGAAGAUGAUCAACACAAGUGGGCACAAAGGUGGUGUGGUGGAGGUGACAUUUGCCCGAGAGUUCAAGAGGGAGAUC